AGCAAAUACGUAAUAAAGGAAAGAAUGGUGCUCGAAAUCGAGGAGCCAUAGAAGAAAAAAAAAGGUGAAUGAAAAAUGGUUCUCCACAAGAACCGUUGCACUGUUGCCACCCUCUUCAUCCUCGCAUUGUUUUUUCUCUCAAUCUUCUUCUACUUAUUCUUCUUCGCCGCAUACACAACUACUUUUAACCCUCCUCUCUCUCAUCACACAGAUCUCUAUAUUCAAGUCCAUCCUUCUCCUCUCCACUCUCCCCCUUCCCCUCCGCCACCGCAACAACCACCACCGCCACCGCCACCGCAACAACCACCACCGCCACCGCAAUCCUCCUCCACCAUUACCGCGAUCCAACCACACUCUCCCAUUGCAACUGCCUCUCACCAUGAAUCUGUUUCUGUUACCGAUACGAACAAGGUUGAUAAUGCAAUUCCACCUUUCGAGGAUUGCGAUUUGUACACGGGAACGUGGGUGGAGGAUCAAAAUUACCCGAUUUACCAACCAGGUUCUUGCCCUUACGUCGACGAAGCUUAUGAUUGCAAAGUUAAUGGAAGAAAUGACACUCACUACACCAAAUGGCGCUGGAAACCUCAUGACUGUGAUCUUCCCAGGUUUAGUGCCAAGGACUUUUUGGUAAGACUGAAAGGUAAAAGACUAAUGCUGAUAGGAGAUUCUAUGAACCGAAACCAAUUUGAGUCCAUUCUGUGCAUACUUCGUGAAGGUCUACAUGAUAAAAGCAAAAUGUAUGAGAUACAUGGUCACAAAAUAACAAAAGGAAGAGGUUACUUUGUUUUCAAAUUUGUGGACUAUGAUUGUACAGUGGAAUUUGUGAGAUCUCAUUUCCUUGUGAGGGAGGGGGUUCGUAUUAAUGCACACGGGAGUUCAAAUCCUACAUUAUCAAUAGAUCGGAUUGACAAGACGUCUGGCCGUUGGAAGAGGGCUGACAUUCUUGUCUUCAACACCGGGCACUGGUGGGCUCAUGGAAAAACUGCUCGAGGAAUAAAUUACUAUAAAGAAGGUGAUUAUCUAUAUCCAAAAUUUGAUGGCGCUGAGGCAUACAGAAGGGCUAUAAAGACCUGGGCAGAAUGGAUAGACAAUAAUAUCAAUCCAAAAAAGCAGAUUGUUUACUAUCGUGGAUACUCUUCUGCUCAUUUCAGAGGUGGAGACUGGGACUCAGGUGGGUCAUGCAACGGUGAAACUGAACCGGUUUUCAAUGGGUCCAUCUUGAAUAACUAUCCUUUGAAAAUGAAGAUAGUGGAAGAAGUGAUCCAGGGAAUGAAGGUUCCAGUAAAGUUAUUAAACGUCACAAGGCUGACUAAUUUCCGCAAGGAUGGUCACCCAUCUGUCUAUGGAAAAACCAUAAUGGCUGGAAAGAAAGUCUCCACAAGGCGGCAGGAUUGCAGCCAUUGGUGUCUUCCUGGGGUUCCUGAUGCAUGGAAUGAGCUAAUUUAUGCCACUUUGGUUUUACAACAGACAAAUUCAAGGAAUUGACUGAAGAGUCCUUUCUUUGAAGAAGUUUACCUUUUGUGCAGGAAAGAAAGAAGUAACAGAGAAAGAAAGGCAAUUGAGAACAAUGAAAAGUGUACCCUUUGUUCUAUAUUAUGAUAGUUGUUCAAACAUGAAAGAAUCAAUGCAAUAGUGGGCGAGGCAUUUUCAUUGAUGGUUAAAUUAUCUCCCCAUCAAGUCAGCAGGAUCAUGUUUCAUUUCACCCUAGGGUCAUGAUCUAUAGGUUGUUUGAUGUCGAACUCCACUGGAUAAGCUUAUUCGUUAAUUAGAUUUUGAUAUUAUAAGGUUCUGUGAAUUAAGGUAUAAUUUGUGGCUUAGUGGGGUUCUUAAAGGUUUAAUAUUUGUGGGCCAUGAUCUCAUAGGUUGUUUCAUUUCCCACUUGAAAAAUAUCAGUGUAUAGACAAGUUAGACUCAGACCCUUCUGACCUAUGCCUCUAAUUAGCAGUGAUUUUAACUUUUA